GGCUUCCGUAAAUCACGUUCUGUCCGCUGUUUGCGUUUACUUUUGGUUCAGAUUAAGUUGUUAACACUGUUUAGUCGGGCAGUUUUGUGGCGCGAGUAAUUUAGGUACUAAGACUCUGAAAGCUUUAAAUUAUGGAGGAUUCAGACACCAGCGCUAUUCUCGCGGAGGAUUCUGAGUCGGUUGACUCCAGGACCGUGUGUUGUUGUUUUAGGGUGACCGAAAACAAAGCUCCUCCGCCGUGCUCGUGCCCGUUGUCUGUGACCGUGGAGCCCGUAAUGUUCCUGUCCACCUUUUCCAUUGUUCUGCAGGCUCCUCUGUGCACGCAGUACCUGUGGGAUCGCCUCAGUGAAGAUGUGGGUUAUAACGGAACAAAGACAGGGGGGUGCAAUGCUUCUACAGUCCACGACCCUCUGCAGAAGGAAGUGGAGACUCUGACUGCACACUGGAGCCUGUACAUCAAUUUGGGUGGCUUUCUAGUCGGACUGUUUAUGGUGAUCCUGCUGGGCUCAUGGAGUGACCGCGCGGGCCGGCGUCUGGUGCUGAUCAUCCCUUCUCUUGGCCUGGCCAUUCAGGCAGCUGUGUAUCUGACAGUGAUGUACCUGAAGCUGCCUGUCUUCUGGUUCCUCAUUGGGAGGAUCUGCAGUGGCCUCUCUGGGGACUUCAAUGCCAUAUUGGCUGGUUGCUUUGCGUAUGUGGCUGACACAAGUGGAAGGGGCUCUCGCACUUUUCGUGUGGCCAUACUAGAGGCUUGCCUGGGAUUGGCUGGCAUGUUUGCAAGCAUCAUUGGAGGACAGUGGCGACGGGCCCAAGGGUAUAUCAACCCCUUUUGGUUAGUCCUGGCCACAAAUCUCACAGCGGCCCUCUACGCGUACCUGUUUGUGCCUGAAACGGUCACCCCUGACCCUGAGGCCAGGCUCUUCUCCACCAGGCACCACCAGGCCGUCUGUCGCCUCUAUUCAUCUGACGCGCCGCCUGGACGAAGAUCUAAGCUGUGGCUCUACACCCUCUGCUUCUUCUUGGUGGUGACAGUGCAUUUGGGUUGCAGUGACCUGUAUGUGCUCUAUGAGCUGAGCGCGCCGCUCUGCUGGGGCCCGGAGCUGAUCGGCUAUGGCUCUGCAGUCAAACAUCUGGCUUACCUGACCAGCUUGACGGGACUGAGGGCCAUGCAGUGCUGUCUGGAGGACUCCUGGGUGGCUUUGGUGGGCCUUACCUCUAAUAUGGUGGGCUUGGUUGUGAUUUCUGUCGCUGACACUACAGCUCUGAUGUUCACAGGAUAUGGCCUGUGCUUCCUUUUUAUGGCCUCUACUCCAGUCCUGAGAUCUAAACUGUCCAAGCUGGUGGACCCUACAGAACAAGGUGCCUUGUUUGCUUCAGUGGCCUGUGUGGAGGGUUUCUGCUCACUAGUAUCUAGUGGGGUCUUUAAUGCGCUUUAUCCUGCAACUCUACACUUCAUGAAGGGUUUCCCCUUUGUCUUUGGCGCUGCCAUCCUUCUCAUUCCAGCUGUCAUUAUUGGGGGCUUGGGUUGCCAGGAGAAGAGGGAGAGCAGAGAAAACAGAGAAGGAUCUGGAAUAUCCUGACAUUGACUAAGUAAGAGUUAUGCUUGGACAGAGGAACUCCCAGAAUACGGGAUGAUUAUAGGACCAGAUCCUGAAGCUGACUGCCAAUGACGUAUACAAAAGGGACGCAUGUGCAAUUCAUGAUGACUUAGGUACAGCUUACUUUUUAGUUUUAUAAAUUACAGUCUGAGAUCAGGAAGAUAUAUUUUAAGAUUUAAAUUGUGUUUUUGUUUUUUUAAUCGGCAAAGAUUUUUCUAAUAUAUUGGCAAAAUAUAAAUGGGUUAAAGAUGAGCAAUAUGAUGCUUGAAAACCUCACUUCUUCCUCGAUGCAUACACUGUGUAUGCAAUUUUAAGAUUUCUGUUAUUAUAUAUCUGCAUAUUAGAAUGAUUCCUGAAGGAUUAAGUAACAUUUAAUGGAUUAAAAAAAAAAUUAAAUGUAGCACUGAUAAACAUCAGCAACUUGUUUCUGAAAAGUUAUACUAAACCCAAAUGUAUUAAACAGGUAGUGCAUUCUUGCAGUUUUUUUUUUUUGUAUCGCGUUUGUAAACCAGUAUAAGCCUGUUUUUUUGCAUUACAGCUUGGGGAAAAUUACACUGUUAAAGGGUUAAUUAAUCACCCUCAUGUCAUUCCAAUACCCUGAGAUCUUUGUUCAAUUUCUGACCACAAAUGAAAAUAUUUUAGAUGAAAUCUGAGAGCUUUCUCAUCCUCCAUAAACAACAAGGGUCCUGAGAUGUUCAAAGUCCAGAAAAAGAACCAAAAACAUUCAAUGUGACUUCUUGGAGCUUCAUCUGAUUUCAGUUGUACCAAUGAACACUUUUGUGCACCAAAAACACUGUAAUAAUUAAUUAAUCAAUACUUUAUUUUUUGAUUUGAAAAAC